CCCCGCCGGCGGCGCGCCGCCCCCACCGCCCGCGAGAAACUUUGCCCACCGCGGCGGGCGGGCACUUUCCGCUGGAACUUACAGUCGGGCGCCGAGGACCAGUCAUUCUUCUAUUCGGAGACACUUUUCCCCGCUGCUGAAGGGCGCGCCUCGCCGCUUUGCGGGCGCUGGAUUCCCUGCGGAUCGUCCCCAAGCCGGCUGCCGCGAUGCCCCUCAACGUCAGCUUUGCCAACAGGAACUAUGACCUCGACUACGACUCGGUGCAGCCGUAUUUCUACUGCGAUGAGGAAGAGAACUUCUACCAGCAGCAGCAGCAGAGCGAGCUGCAGCCGCCCGCGCCCAGCGAGGACAUCUGGAAGAAAUUCGAGCUGCUGCCCACCCCGCCGCUGUCCCCGAGCCGCCGCUCCGGGCUCUGCUCGCCCUCGUACUUCGCGGCGGUCGCCUCUUUCUCCCCCCGGGGCGACGAUGACGGGGGCGGUGGCUUCUCCACCGCCGACCAGCUGGAGAUGGUCACCGAGCUGCGGGGGGACAUGGUGAACCAGAGCUUCAUCUGCGACCCGGACGACGAGACCUUCAUCAAGAACAUCAUCAUCCAGGACUGCAUGUGGAGCGGCUUCUCGGCCGCCGCCAAGCUGGUGUCCGAAAAGCUGGUCUCCUACCAGGCUGCGCGCAAAGACAGCGGCGCCCCGAGCCCCGCCCGCGCCCACGGCGGCUGCUCCACCUCCAGCCUGUACCUGCAGGACAUGAGCGCCGCCGCCGCGGAGUGCAUCGACCCCUCGGUGGUCUUCCCCUACCCGCUCAACGACAGCAGCUCGCCCAAGCCCUGCGCCUCGCCCGACUCCACCGCCUUCUCCCCGUGUUCGGACUCUCUGCUGUCCUCGGCCGAGUCCUCCCCCAGAGCCAGCCCCCAGCCGCUGGCGCUGCACGAGGAGACGCCGCCCACCACCAGCAGCGACUCUGAGGAAGAACAAGAGGAUGAGGAAGAAAUUGAUGUUGUUUCUGUGGAAAAGAGGCAGCCCCCUGCCAAAAGGUCAGAAUCGGGGUCACCCUCCAGCGGUGGCCACAGCAGACCCCCUCACAGCCCGCUGGUCCUUAAGAGAUGCCACGUGUCUACCCAUCAGCACAAUUACGCAGCGCCCCCGUCCACCAGGAAGGACUACCCCGCCGCCAAGAGGGCAAAGUUGGACAGUGGCAGAGUCCUGAAACAGAUCAGCAACAACCGCAAAUGCUCCAGCCCCAGGUCCUCGGACACGGAGGAGAAUGACAAGAGGCGGACACACAACGUCCUGGAACGCCAGAGGAGGAACGAGCUGAAACGGAGCUUUUUUGCCCUGCGGGACCAGAUCCCCGAGUUGGAAAACAACGAAAAGGCGCCCAAGGUAGUGAUCCUUAAGAAAGCCACGGCCUACAUCGUGUCAGUGCAAACAGAGGAGCAAAAGCUCGCUUCAGAAAGGGACUCCUUACGGAAGCGGCAUGAACAGUUGAAACAAAAACUGGAGCAGCUCCAGAGCUGUUGCGCCUGAAUGGACCUGUUGGAGGGAGGAACUGGAAUAGCUCGCGACUUGACUUGAUACUGUUGGAAACUAGGGGGGAAGGUUCCUUCUGACAGGAGUGCAGCAAUCCAUUACCUAUGGAUGUCGUCAAAUGCAUGCCGGUCAGUGCAACCUCACAACCGUGGCUGAGUCUGUGGACUGAACGAUUUAGCCAUCUAAUGUAAACUGCCUCAACUGGGACUUUGGGCAUAAAAGACCUUUUUAUGCUUGCCAUUUUUUUCCUUUAACAGAUUUGUAUUUAAGAAUUGUUUUUAAAGAAGAAUCUUAAAAGUUUACCCAAGUUUUCCUGUGUAAAUAUGGACAUUAAAUGUAAAUAACUUUAAUAAAACGUUUAUAGCAGGCAUACCAGAUUUCAAACCCUGUAUUAUAAACCUUGAUUUUUUUUUUAUUUAAGUACAUUUUCCUUUAUAAAGUUGAUUUUUUUCUAUUGUUUUUAGAAAAAAAUAAAAUAACUGGCAAAUAUAUCAUGGAGCCAAAUCUUAAAGUCGUGUGUUCGCUUUCUUUUCUUUUUACUCUCUGCUCGUCAAUUACAAAUUAACUGAAGUUGGCCCUUGAGGGAACGAGCUUACAAAGAUGGGGAGAAGAGUUGUUUAAGAAAGGGUGAGGGCUUUGCUUUGUUAAAAUGGGUCUGUGGGGCUUUCAGGCCUUUAAGCUGUCAGGGCUAGAAGACUUCCUGGAGAUUGGGUGAUAAGGGCUGGAGCUGAUACUUGAAAGAAUGAAAGGCUUGGUGAGGUUAGAGGUAAGGGAAGAGGGAUGCCAGAAGUGAAAGAUAACACUUAAGUCCACAAAGGGCAAAGGAGGGCUGGGGGUUGGGAGGGAGAUGAAGGAGGAACUCUACUCUUGUUUUAACCCGUGCCUUCCCCACUCAGUGGAACCUGGGGGUUUCUGGCCACGAAAAGCCAGAGGGUCAAAUAGGGACCAACUGAAGGCUUGCCUGCUCCUACUAGGUCCCAGGCCCUUUACAGGGUUGCCUCCUAAGCCCCAAAGGAGCUCUGAGAGGCCCAUGAUUAACUGUGAUACAAGCAAGGAAAAGAGCAGCAGUUCCGAGGAGUUAUUUAACUGCUCUCAGGAAGCAGAGUAAGCUGCUCCCAGGCCGUUGCUUCUCAAAAAGCACUUUAGCUCACACUCUUGGCCUUCCUGUGGUUUAACUCACACCCUUGGCCUUCCUGUCUAAAGUUUUCCUAGUGACAGCUUGAAGUUGGGGUCUGACACAAUGACUCAAGUAACGACACUAAGAAACUUUGCCAAGGUGCCAGGUAUUUUAACUCGAUAGCAACCCUCUGAAGGAGGUACCAGGGAUUUCCACAUAAGAAAAGGGGAAAUGGAGGCACAGAAAGACCCAUCCGGGUGCCCAAAGACCUCUGCUAAUAAGGAGUAGACCCUGAACUCAAACGCGGGCCCCCAUCCUUCCCCUGACCUGGCUGCCCAGGACAACAGGAGUCCCAUCCAGUGGAUUCUGGACCUUCAGCUUUAGCAUCUAGGCUGGUCAUCCAUCAAUUCCCUUCAUGUGUGUUUUGUUUCUCUGGUUUGUUGUUCCUUGUAAAUGUCUCCUUUCCCAUGGAGAAGCCCACAGCUCAUUCCCACCCACCUCAGCCAUUUGUUAGAUGAGAUUCACCGCUCGCCCCUGGGAAGCAGCCAGUUGGGAAUGCUACUGUUCGCAUCGUAAAAUCAAACACACUUGCUUUUCGUCAUGAGUCAUUCUUUAGGAAACUACCUGCUCCCCUUCCUUCCAACCUCUUAACACCCGGACACUCCUGACACAUGCUUCUCAUUAGGACAUGAAAAGGCAUCUCUGAGUGUAGAUAUUAUUAAUUAUAAGCCUUUGAAAACCCACGGCCCGAAAGAGAAACAGAACACUGACCACAUAGGUAAGUGGAAGUUACUAUCUCUGUUCUAAUUAUCUCAUUGUCUCGGCCACAGAAUAGAACUUCAGAUCUUCAGAUCCCUGGACUCUGGGAUUUUAAUCCGCCACCACCACCACCACCCAUAAAUCAAUAAAUAAUUACUGUCUUUUGCUCUGACCCUGGAAUAAUGUAUUCAAGCCCUUAAAGUCUUUUUCUUGAUCCUUCAGUUUGGGUCCUAAGACCCACCCUAAUAGCUUCAAGCUGUCACACCCUAGAUCCUAAAUUCAAAGGGAGAUACAAUCCACAUAAAUUGAGUAGUUCAAAGUGUUACAAAAGCAAGCGGGGGUGAUCUUAAACACUUCACUCUUUGCCCCUUUGUGGCUGGAGUGCAGCCCUGGAGUGACUCAUUUGGGAACCAGAAGGUAUUAGCUUGAAUCACUAAGUCUGGACAAGCCUGUAGAGUAAGACAGCUCCUUGCUAGGAAAACAACUGCCCCAUCCAAGUGAUCAGGAGAAGCUGAGGGAAGCAGAGUGUCACUGUGGGGAUGGAAGGGGGCCAUUCCGACCGCCUCCAAGAUCCCCUGAGCCAGAGGACAGUCUGAAAACAGGGCAGCUUCUUCCAGAAAGUCAGCCCAGCCUUGACCCUAGGACUCGGAGUGCCCAGUUCUAUGUUACGCAGCAAUGUCUUCUGUAGAUGACACCAAUCCAGAACUAGAAAGGAGGGGCAGGGGGAGAGAGGGGAUUUACAGUUUGGUCCGGAAAAUACAGGAAGGAUUAACUAAUACUGACUGCCUUUUAUCCAGAACACUGUCCAGGAAUGAAUGGAGAUUCCCGGGGGGAAGUCUGCGGUGGUUUUGCUUAGGAAUGGAAUGUAUGAAGAGGAAGGAAGUAUUAUUUUCUGCUGCCAUUUGGA